AUGGCUGGAACACAUACGCCACCGUUCAUCAAGCUGGGUUCCUUUUACUUCAUGAAGCUACAUGCCAACGAAGUCGAUGUUUUCAUCUAUUGGUUAAACCUGGUCAUGUCGGUCCCUGCUGAGACCCUCCGCUACUAUCAUGACAGCCUGCAGGGGCUGAUCCAGGCCGCCGCGGGCAAGGGCCGCAAGAACUCCCGGGCCGCCGGCGACGACGAGCCCCACCGCGGCGCGGCCCGGAGCUCGGGCUGCAGCACCUACAUCAACAGGCUCAUCAAGCUGGAUUCCCAGGAGAAGAGCGCGAAGAGCGGCUGCCCCGGCGCCGGCGGCAGCAGCGGCAGCGCCAGCAGCAGCUCCUCCUCCGCGUCCUCGUCCCCUUCCUCCCUGGGCCCCGCCGAGCUGGACAAGGGCAAGGUCGUGAAGCAGCAGGACACGGUCAUCAUCUUAGAAGACUACGCGGACCCGUACGAUGCGAAAAGCACGAAAGGUCAAAGGGACGCGGAGCGCGGUGGCGAGAACGACGGGUACAUGGAGCCCUACGACGCACAGCAGAUGAUAACAGAAAUCAGGCGCCGAGGUUCCAAGGACCCCCUAGUGAAGGCGCUUCAGCUGCUGGACAGCCCCUGCGAGCCGGGGGAGGCCGGCGUGAAGUCCGAGGCGCCGGCCAAGAGACGGGGUUCCAAAGACCUGCUGGGGAAGCCGCCGCUGCCCGCCGACGACGGGCGGCCCGCGGCCGAGUACGAGCAGCCGUGGGAGUGGAAGAAAGAGCAGAUCGUGCGGGCGCUGUCAGUUCAGUUCGAGGGCGCUGAGCGGCCUUCUGGGAAGGAGGAGGCGGCGAGGCAGCACCAUCGGCAGAAGAGCUGGACGCAGAAGGUCCUGAAGCCGGCCCUCUCCGACCACAGUGAGGGGGCGCGCGUGGACCCCGCGCUGCCGCUGGAGAAGCAGCCUUGGUAUCAUGGCGCCAUCACCCGGGCGGAGGCCGAGAGCCGACUUCAGCCCUGCAAAGAAGCUGGUUACCUGGUUCGCAACAGCGAAUCGGGGGCCAGUCGGUACUCCAUCGCUCUGAAGACGAGUCAGGGAUGCGUGCACAUCAUCGUGGCUCAGACCAAAGACAGCAAGUACACGCUGGACCAGAUGAGCGCCGUCUUUGACAGCAUCCCGGAAGUGGUACACUACUACUCCAACGAGAAGCUGCCUUUCAAGGGGGCGGAACACAUGACCUUACUCUACCCUGUGCACAGCAAGCUGCACUAAGGCCCGGCCACCGAAAGCCCCGGCCGGGCCCCCGACACCUAAGAGGGCAUCGGCACCCAGCUGGCGUCUCAGGGGAUGAGGCCAGACUGCGCCGUGAUCAUUGGUAGGAAGGUGGGGUCUUCCCUGAGAAAUCCAAAAGUCUGUGGCCUUGAAUCCAUUCCAUGGCACUUGGUUACUGACCUGUCCCUUUUCUCCUGGCUACGCCAUUCCACAGUAAGAAACCCUAAUUUAGCAUUUGCCCCCACUCUCUGGAUAUUAGAGAGUGGCUCCAGGAUAUUAGAAUUCUCCAGAAAUGUGCUACUUGCUGCCUGGACCUCCUGCUCUCCGGACAGACCCACAAAAAUGCACUUGGCUCUUACCUGAGACGGCAAAGAACGAUCACGUGGACCGGGAGAGCGGGUGACGUCGGACCCUCCUUGGGCAGAAGGAUGCACGGUUCAGCCCCGGAGGCCACGCAAACCCGCCACUCCGGGGCCUGUCGGUCGGCCUUCUAAGAAAGUUCGUGGUCUCUCAGUCUGUGGACGUCAUCAUGUCAUCCAAUCGGUGAUAGAAAGAUGAAGGAAAGUUUAAGAAUCGCCACUAUAAUUAAACAUCGGCAUUAUUAUAAUUGUGAAUUACAGAAUAAAACAACAAAGAUUUCAUUUUCUGAUGUUUAAAAAAUCUGAACAUAUACAAAGCUCAACAGCUGUUUCUCAUUGGACAGUUUUUCAGAACUUGCGAUGCCUUUCGUUUCGUCUUUGUGCCUUGUCGUCGUUAGGGAACGGCUUUUCCUUUUUGUCCCUAAAAUUCGAUUUGUAUUUUUAGAGUAAAUUAAAAAUAUAGACAUGACCCCAGGAUCUGCUUAUAGGGUCGGGGUCUCUUAAGCCCGCAGCGUCUCACGCUGUACAGAGCAGACCAGUUCACAGGGCAUAAAAAUAUUUUCAAAGACUGAGGUUUUCUCUAACUAUCACUGCUUAAGAUAUGACAUUAAUAUUCGUAGUAGUGUCAUCUUUAUGAUUUAUCACGAACUUAUAUCGCCAGUUUACUUACUGUGAAAAAAAAAAAACCACGAGAGAAUGGCAAGAUUGUGAGGAGACACCUGUGAUGAGUGGCCGGGCAGAUGAGCAGAUGUUUCUGGGUCCUGCGGUUGGGAGUUUGGUUCUCAGAACUGGUCCAGACGCAAACGUGCCGACUGUCACCGACGAAAAGUUAACUUUCGCCGCUUCUUUAAAAUACACAAAAAGUAUUGAUUUGGUUGAUUUGGGGGAAAACGUAUCUUUCUAGUAAUUAGUCAUUAUUUUACUGUUAUGAUUUAGAGGUUAGUCAAUAUGUGCUUUGUUAUUCAGUUAAGAUUGUAGCCAAAGAAAAUUUAAAGAUCGUAGCCAAAGAGCUGUGUAGUCUUCGACUUUAAAAAUUUGAGAGGAACGUUUUCUCGUUGGAUCCCAGUGAUUUCAUUAACGAGGUGUUCUGUUUUUUACGUACUGAUAGGAUUUUUAACUGUGUAUUGACUCAUGUACUAUAUCUUUAGUACAAGAUUUU